AUGGCUGCUAUACCAAUGAUUCAACAUAGUAACAUACGGAUGAACGAAUGUAAAUUUUUUCAUUAUGCACCACAUGAUGAUAAAUUUUAUCAUAUAAUUUGCCAAAUUAUUUUACAAGGCUCUGUUUUCUUGGAUGAUCGCAAUUAUGAUCAUGGAUUCUUUUAUAAUCAUAUUAAUUCUACAGCAAAUUAUUAUGUCACAUGUAAAGUACUUCCACAUUCUUGGAUCAUAAAUACAUUGAACAAAAAAAUAUACGGAAUAGAUAUUGACAUAAAUAAUUUGGAACGAAAAGAAUUUUUAUCUUUGAAUCAAAAAUUGGAUUUGGAACAAGACUUGAAACAAAUUCUUCCUUCUCUCCUUACACAAAAUCAUAUCCCUAAUAAGGAAAUAAAAAUGAAUUCUCAAAACUUAAAUUCUUCUUACGAUGAUAAUACACAGAUAACUUCAAUAACUGAUGGUCGAAAUAAUUUUGGUAAUGGCUUUUCUCAACAAACUAGAGUUGGAUAUUUUACUAAUAAUGUCAUUAAUCCACAACAAGUUUUCAACAAUAUUCCACAACAAAUCCCUGAAAGAUUACGUUGUAAUGGAAAUACAACUUCAUUUUGUGGAAAUAUUGGGAAUAAUGUAAUGACAACACAAGUAGUUUCGAUUGCCGAUAAUCAAAAUAAUGGGCUUCUUCAAUCCACCAAUCCCUUUUCAAGUUCAACAUAUGCGGCGCCACAAAAUAGAGUUGCUUAUCAUGUCACUAGAUAG